GAGAGAGAGAGAGAGAGAGAAAGAGUGAGUGAAGCGCGCGCGCGCCUACUCGCUGAUCAUCGUUUCGUUUCGUCUCGUUUCGCUUCGUUUCGUGGUAGUAGUCGGGAACGUUCGGGUUCUCGGCACGGCCCAUCAUUGUCUCUCUCGCACCGAGUCAUUCUCUUCUCGCGUGGACGCCUCGAGUUUUUAUAACCUGAAAAAAAAGUAAAAAAUAAUAAAUAUAAAUAAAGUUUAAGAAUAAGGAGUUUAGUGAGACAAGCCGAGAAAGAGAGAGAGAGAGAGAGUUUUAAUGUUUCAAUGUAAAUCCAUUUCUCUGCGGUGUUGUUGUUAAUCGAUUCGAUUCGUGACGGCGACGUUAAAGUGUCAUUAAAUCGUCGAUUCUUUAAAUAAGUACGUUGUUUUUCAUUCCUUGUGCUCCCUCGUUAAAAAGUAUUCGCGUUACGCACAGACACAUACAUACAUACAUCAUACAUUUUACAUAGUUAUAAUAAUAUACAUAAUACAUUUGUACAACUGUCGAUGAUCGUGUAAUUCGUUGUGAAGAAGAAGAAGAAAGAAAGAAAGAAAGAAAUAAUAAAAAGAAAAAGAAGUAAGGAAAGUGCGUAGUAAUCGAUGUGAGGAAAGUCGAAGCGACACGACGAAUCCCCUCGAGGCACCUCCUCGCCGUUACGUGAGAAAGAGAAAGAGAGAAUAGAUUGGAGAGAGAGGGAGAAGGAAGAGAGAAGAGAAGAGAGAGAGAGAGAGAAGCAAGGGAACUCUGUAGGUGGGACAGAGAGGCCAACGCACCGACGACGAGCCGGGAAUUCGAUCGUCUUCGAAGCUCCGUCAGGGAGCUCCAGUUUGCUUUACAACGAGCGGCACAACGUCGGUAGCCAAUAUGGCCGCUGCCUAGGCCUCGACUGUCAAAAUUUAUACUCCAUUCUUAAAUAUCGAAAAGUAUUCGAGUUUAUCGAUCCUCCUUUACGGGGUGGCAACGGUCUCGCUCGGAAGCGUCGAAGGUGGCGCGAGGGGUGGACGAGUCGGCGUUGGCCUGGCUCUGGUUCUUCCGGUGGUAGCAGCAAAAGUAACAAAAGCGGAAGCGGCCAAGUUAAUAGCUGAAGAAAAAACUCUAGCAAGCUAUUCUCGGCUAGAGAUAGCAACAGUAAUAGCAACAGUAGCAGUAGUAGUAGUAGUAACAGCAACAGCAACAGCAGCAGUAGGGUUACUUGAAGAAAGGCUAGUGUCGUCAUCAUCCGGCGGACUGGGAACGCUGUAUAUCGAAGAAGAAGAAGGAGAAGAAGAAGAGAAUCAUCGCAAGAAGAAUCCUAUUAUUCUUGUCCUCGUCCUUGCAUUCUUACCUUUUCUCCUCCCUCCACUUUCUCCUCCAACUCCGCUUCCACCUGCUCCUCCACCACCUCCUCCACCACCGCUACCUCCAACUACAACACCACCUCGUUCAUCUUCGUUCAACGUUCAAAAACAUCUUCUUCUUCUUCACGGCGAGUUAUCAAAUUCUUCGCAGGAAGAAAGUGAAAAGAAAGAAGAAGAAAAACAAGAACAACAACAACAACAACUACUACUACUACUAUUACAAGGAACACAAUCGACUGCGUGACACCGGUGUAACAUCGGUGGGCCAACGAGGCCCUCCUGUCGCGUAAAAAGCAACAAACAAUCUCUCAUUUAUCUUUAAAACUAAACUAUUCUAAGCCUUACUUCCAAAAAAACUACUACGACGAACGGAUACUUCUUCUAAUCCCGCUCGUUAAACGGACUAUCGAGAAGUACAGAAAGUCGAAGCAAACACGACGGGCACCAUGAAUGAGCUCGACAGCCUUCGCCAGGAGUCGGAGACCCUCAAAAAUUCUAUUCGAGAUGCCAGAAAAGCUGCAUGCGACACCAGCUUGGAACAAGCGACGGCCGGCUUGGAACCAAUUGGUCGAAUACAAAUGCGUACGAGACGUACUUUACGAGGUCACUUAGCUAAGAUUUAUGCUAUGCAUUGGGGAAGUGACUCUAGAAAUUUAGUAUCCGCCUCGCAAGACGGUAAGCUGAUCGUUUGGGAUAGUUAUACGACCAACAAGGUACACGCCAUCCCUUUACGUUCAUCGUGGGUGAUGACCUGCGCGUAUGCACCGUCGGGUAGUUACGUGGCUUGCGGUGGCCUGGACAACAUAUGUUCCAUUUAUAGCCUUAAAACAAGAGAAGGAAAUGUACGGGUCAGCAGAGAAUUACCAGGACAUACCGGAUACUUGUCCUGUUGUCGAUUUUACGACGACAACCAAAUCGUUACUAGCUCCGGUGACAUGACCUGUGCUCUGUGGGAUAUUGAGACUGGUCAACAAUGCACUUCGUUCAUCGGUCACACAGGAGACGUCAUGUCCCUAUCGCUGGCUCCCGAUACGCGUACCUUCGUUUCCGGUGCGUGCGACGCUAGUGCUAAACUUUGGGACAUUCGUGAGGGGUCUUGCAAACAGACUUUCCCUGGACAUGAGAGUGACAUAAACGCCGUUACGUUCUUCCCUAACGGACACGCUUUCGCGACGGGUUCGGAUGACGCUACUUGCAGACUAUUUGACAUCAGAGCGGAUCAAGAACUGGCGAUGUACAGCCACGACAAUAUUAUUUGCGGUAUUACGAGUGUAGCUUUCAGCAAGAGCGGUAGAUUGUUGUUAGCUGGCUACGACGAUUUCAAUUGCAACGUAUGGGAUUCUAUGAAAGCCGAGCGAGCUGGUAUACUCGCUGGUCAUGACAAUCGCGUAUCUUGCCUUGGUGUAACGGAAGAUGGUAUGGCCGUAGCGACGGGAUCUUGGGACUCAUUCCUUCGCAUUUGGAACUAACUUGGGGCUCCCCCCAAGACGUUCCUCCAAAGAACCAACUGCAGCCAGUCCGCGUACAAUAUAAGCAUCAGAUACCACCAUCUUAUCACGGAGCAACAAGCCGGCGUGCCAGCAGUCGCGACAUCAUCGGUCAACAAUGAGCCACCGGUUACAACACCGGAGGUUAAGCUGAUCAGAAACUUUGGAUAUCCGACGAGCAGCGGUAACGGAACCAAAUGUAACAACAAUAAUAUUAAUUAUUACAACAACAACAACUACAACAGCAGCAGUAAUAGUAACAGCAACAACAAUUACAAUAACAACAUUAAUAAUGGCACAAAGAUAAAGAAGAAGCACAAGAAUUGCAGCAAUAGCAACAACAGAAACAACAGUAGUAGCAGUAGCAGCAGCAGCAGCAGCAGCAGCAGCGACUCUAAGAACGUUUUGGGUUGUGAUGGUAAUAAUAAAAAAAAAGACUACCGUAAUAGACGAAUAGUCGUUGACUUAACCUGGCGACGUGGCAAAGUCGGCGACAAGAUUACCCGCGAGUAUCAACGCUUCUAAGUCAAAACUUAUUUUUACCAUCGUUUUCGGAUGCUCAAUUUUUCAAACUAGCGAAAAGAAAAGAAGAAGAAGAAGAAGAA